CUAACUCUCAGAGCCGUUAAAAAGUAUAAGCACUCUCUUUGAACGCACAGACAGACAGAGAGACGGGGACAGAGACUCAGAAAAAUCAAGAAAUGGCGACGAAUAUCGGCAUGAUGGACUCGGCUUACUUCGUCGGAAGGUCUGAGAUUCUCGCAUGGAUCAACUCCUCCCUCCAACUCAGCCUCUCCAAAGUCGAAGAGGCUUGUUCGGGUGCGGUCCAGUGCCAGCUGAUGGACGUCGUCCAUCCAGGGAUGGUGCCCAUGCACAAGGUCAACUUCGACGCCAAGAGCGAGUACGAGAUGAUCCAGAACUACAAGGUUCUUCAGGACGUCUUUAACAAACUCAAAAUCACUAAGCACAUUGAGGUGAGCAAGCUCGUGAAGGGAAGGCCGCUUGAUAAUUUGGAGUUCAUGCAAUGGAUGAAGCGGUACUGCGAUUCCGUCAAUGGAGGUGGCCUGAGCAAUUACAAUCCUUUGGAGAGAAGAGAGUCUUCCAGGGGAGGAAAAGAAGCAAGCAAGAAGGCGGCUCCAUCACAAUCUUCAACCAAAGGUUCUACCACUGCCCCGAAAGGUCAGUCCUCCCACAAUGCUCGAAGGACUGAAGUGUCUUCUGGGAAUCCUGCAAAUCAGUCUGUAAAGGCCUCGAGACCCACUUCUAGUGGGGGCCCGGCACACGAUGAACAGAUCACAGAGUUGAAGCUGUCAGUGGAUAGCCUUGAGAAGGAGAGGGAUUUCUACUUUGCGAAAUUGAGGGAUAUUGAGAUUCUCUGCCAAAAUCCUGAGAUAGAACAUUUAGCUGUUGCUGGAGCAAUAAAGAAGAUUCUUUAUGCUACAGAGGAUGAUGCAUCAGUGGUAGCAGAAGCUCAAGCCAUGCUGUCCCUUCACCAGAAGGAACCAGAGGCCUUGAGUCCCAUUGCUGAGGUUUCGGAGGAGAAGAACAGUUCAGAAACUCAGAAGAGGAAAAUUAUUGUGAAUUUUGAUGUCGAUGCUGCUGCCAUUGCAACAUUGUCUCCGAAGCAAAGGGUCUCUGAUGCUUCCGACGUCCAUUGCAGUGGGUCACCCCUUAUGACUUACUGAUUAUCCCCUUCUUUCUUGGAUCGAAUCCCAUUUCCAUCUUUACAGAACAGCUUUUAUAGUACAUCUUGCCCAAAUAUUUCUGGUCCUCUCUUAAUGUGUCAAAUGUAGUUUCAACAAGUAAUGGAAGGGACAUGGGAUAUAUCAUUUAUACAAACCAAGUUUUUUCAGAGCUCUAAGUUGUCUGCUUGGUAGAUGUAACAAUGAUAUCCACUCCUUUUUGCAGACUAGCUUUACCUAAAAUGUAUUAUUUUGGAGUGCUUUAACAGGAUAUCCAUGGGCUUAUAGCCAUAUAUUUUUUAA